AUGGAGGACUUUCAGUCACAGGAAGGACUCGGGGACAAAAAUGUAUUAAAGCAGGAGACUUCUCAAAACCUCAGUCAAUAUGGACAUUCAGGCUCUCACUAUCGAACGUUUCGAACAGGUGCCAAGGCCAGCUACCUUCCGGUUCCUAGUUCAGCAGCCACAUCCAUCCUCUUUGAGAUGAACUAUCUCCGCAACCACAGCGCUAUCAUCAAAGCAACAGUGGCAGCCAGAGCAGAAUUAGCAAAUAAGCAAGCCAGUCAACUGCAAGUAAAGCUGCAAAUGAAGCAGCACAAGAUCAGCAUGGACCGACUUCAGAGUCAGAUCGAGACACUGCGCGUAGAGAAGGCAAAGCUGCAGACCAUUAAAGUCUCAUUAGAGGAAAACUGCAACAUGUGCCAACCAGGAUGGAGUUUCAUUAAAUCCUCCUGCUAUUAUUUUUCUUCUCGUCAUGAGUCCAACUCCAAAAAGAAUUGGCUGGAUAGCAGGGCGGACUGCGUUAGUAAGGGAGGAGAACUGCUGGUGAUCAAUAACCUGGAGGAGCAGCAACUCCUGUCUGAGAUGCUUCAAACCCAGAGGAGUGGCCUUGGUGAGUGGUGGGAGAGGGGAUAUUGGAUCGGCCUCACCGACGUGGUGAAUAAGGGAACCUGGGUGUGGGUUAACAAUGUGACUGAGGUGGAAUCAAUGCAAUCUGUACUCGUCUUGUCAGCCAAAAUGGAGGAUGGAAGAAAUUUAGGUGGCGGAUUCAGCAAACUGAUAAGUGAAGAUGAACUCAGUGCAGAUGAGAACACUCUCUACUCAAACCAAGAGAAGCAACAAGUGUCCAUGUCCAUGGUUGGACCUGAGUCCAGUUUGAAUCAUUACAAACUCCUGGCAUUAAGCCUGGCAGUGCUCGCUGUCAUUCUUCUGGCUGUUGACAUUGGCUUGGGAGUCUAUUACUACAAACUUACAGAUGGGCUCUAUUUAGUAACAGACUUCAACAGUGAGUUGGCCAAACUACAUGUUUCUUACAACACUGCGGUACAAAGACGGGAUGAAGCCAAGAAGGAGUUGGCAAGAGUGAUCGAUGAGGCGAAAAUUACCAAGUGGGAGAUGGAGCACCUGAACAGAAGAUGCCAGUCCUACGAAAAGGAGGCGGACACAAUUCGAUUGAACAUUGCCGGAUUAAAAUCGCAUCUGCCAAUGAUGAAGGAGGGCUGCAGACAUUGUAUAGCAGGAUGGACCUUCGUUAACUCGAUGUGUUACUACUUCGCUUUCUCCAGUGGUACUGUACGCAAAUCAUGGCAGGAAGCCAGAGACUUCUGCAGGAAGUACGGAAGUGACUUGGCAGUGAUAAACAGCAGAGAGGAACAUCUGGCUGUAAGCGGGUUGAUAAAAAACUAUCAUGAAAGCAGUGGAAACAUAUACCAUGAUGGUUUCUGGAUUGGGUUGACAGAUGUGGAUGAGGAGGGAACUUGGAAAUGGUUGGAUGGAACAAGACUGACUGACAGCUACUGGAACACUGGAGAGCCAAACAAUCAGGGAAACGAGGACUGUGCAGCUACAUAUCCCAGAGACAACCCCUUUUUUGCCUGGAAUGAUGCUCCAUGCAAUUUUAAACUGAAAUGGGUUUGUGAAAUGGCACCAAGGUUAUCUAAUUAAUGCUUUUAAUUAAUUGAACAAAGAAUGAAUGCUGGCGAAGCAACAUUUUUGUGAAUUGUUCUUUUAUUGUCACUUCAAUUUUUGUUGAGACUACAAAAUUGCAUUUUAGGUCCAAAUAAGCAAAAUACAUGACUUAUGAAAUAUCCUAUGAAAUGUAUGUUACUUCAUUUGAUGUAAUAAA